GUAUAUGUACGCUCAGUAACUGGUUUUAUGUUCAUGUAAACGCUCGUAAUCGACGAUGCCGAAGAAGGAUUCCAUGUCUAGUGGACAAGUAGAGCUUUGUGAUGUGAAAGUAGACGUGCUUAUUAAACACAAGAGUCGUCGUAAGGGGAAAAGUGUAGAAGAACUGAGCGUAGGCACAAGUGAGACUAGUAGAGACGUAGACAGUGACGCAACUAGACAAAAGUCGCGUCGAGACAGAUCCAGCAGUCACGAUGGAUUAGAAGGCGGCAGACGGAAGAAGCGAGAUGUUGAACGUAGUGUUGAAAGUGUGGGUGCGAUACAAGCUAGGCGACCGGAAACUGAAAGCAGUGACGACAGUGUAGACAUGAGAGAUCACAAGAAACGUAGGAACUAUGACACCAUAGACCAUGGCGUUGCUAAUGUACACGUGAUGCGACAUAAGAAACGAUUAGCUGUCGCCGACCUCAGCGAUGAGGAAGCGAAUAUGGUGAGACAACAAAGGAGACGAAGGGAUGAACACAGUGGUACCAGUUCAGACCCCACACGUCACAAGCAACGACGCAACACACACUCCGCAGGUCCUUACGAAGGGACCACGAAAGGCAAGCCUAAGACCUCAAGUAAAUCCACAGACUACGUAUACGUUAAUAACGCGUAUGUCGGAAGCCUAAACAGUGUUAACGAAGGAAGAUGUCAACAACCAAUAACAAGCACCUACCGCGAGCAGUACUGGGCCUGCUCCAAGUGGUCACACGGGAAGAAAAUCUUAGCAAUCGGAAUAGGAGUCUUAUUAGGAAUGUCUUUAGUCGGGGGCAUCAUAACUUUGGCCUUAAUCAUCACAGGACAGAAUCCUGAUGAGAUAAUAGGUCCUCUCCUCCCUGGAAACAAUGACAGACACUUCGCCCUAUUUUGAACCAUAGUGAGAACAAAUAUGGAUUAUAAUUCUGUAGAGUAUAACUCUAUUUCAGAAUGCAUUAUUGUGAUUUGAUGGAGGCUGCAUGUGUAUAUUAUUAAGAUCUUAUUAUUUAAGAUAUGUGUUUAUAUUACGCUAUAAUAUAAAUAUAUAAUACAUACGUACAUACAUAACUUCACGCCUGUAUCUCAUGGGGGUAGGCAGAGACUACGGAACGCCAAUUGCUACGAUCCUGACAUAACUCUUUCAUUCCUAGUCAUUAACAAAUCCAAUGUUUUGAUUUUUUUACUGAAAAGUCAAAUAAUAAAUUAUACCUUGUUCUUGGCCUGGUUAAGGAAGGAUAAAUGGUUUUGGAAUAAGGAGUAGAGAUAACAAGUUUCAUACCUCUUGAUAAAACUGUUAAAAUACCACGAGACGCCGUAAAAAUACUAUUAAAUAAAUAUUUGUUACUCACACACGGCUGAACGGAUCGGCAUGAAAUUCGGAUCAGGUGGUGGAUAGUCUUUCUAAAGUAUCUAGGAACUUUGAAUUUGAAUUGCCUUAAGUCUUUAACUGCCUAUAGAGAACUGUCAAAGGCAAAUCCUUCGCUAAUUUCGUCAGUCACCGAGGACCCCCAUGGCGUUUAAAGUGUUAAAGUGUCAAUAAUAUAAUUAUACUGACAUUUAACAAUUAAAUAUAAACAAUUUUAUUCUAAAUACGAAUAACAAGUAUAAGGGACUUUUUUAUGGCAUAAGCCGGUAAACGAGCAGACGGAUUACCGGUAAGCAAUCGGCACCGCCCAUGGACACCUGGAACACCAAGGCGUACAAGACACGCAUUCAGGCAUUCAAUGCACUUGCAUUACUGGCCUUUUGGGAAUUGUGAAUUUGAAGAUUGUGGAGGAUUCGGGGAAUGGGGAGACUGAGCAGGGAGGUUUACUUUAGAUUCACAACUUGAAUGUUUGCUCAAUAUAGCAAGGUAAAGAGAAGCCAUGACGUCACAUAAAAAAUAAUUUGGAAGAGAUUAUACCAGUAGUGACCUAGAUAUACGUCGAGCAUUGUCGAGCAUUUGCCAAGUGAUAACAGUGAUAACGUAUUUUCAGAUUAGUUUGAAAUAAUUUGCUUUAUAACCUUAAAUUUUUUGCGGAUUUUCGAUAGGUUCGUGUAGCUAUGCUUUGUUCGCUUAUCAGGACUGAUAAGUGUAUUGUGACUGAAGUAUCUUUCGAUGAAUUCUAGAAUUUUGGUCUGGUACAAAGAGAAUGCGUUGUUAUUGGUUUGGUACACACAGUUACAGAUCGAGCUAUACGUAACCAAUUUAUCGUGGUCUCGCCUUAUAUGAACUUUUCACACAAUCAAAGGUCAGUUUAUACUGGAUUUAUAUAGCUUGGUGUGUACUUCGUUUACUACGUCACUGGAAAACUGUUCAUAUUACAAUGUGAUAGAUUUUAAUAAUCAGAGUCAACACAUUUAUUAAAAAGUAUAAUAAGUUAGUAAACUAAUACUGCCCGAGCUUUUAGUGUAUCAUUAUAUGCUGCUAAUAAUAAUCGAUUUUCAACCUUAUUGUUUUAUGUAUAAAGUCGAAAAUCAGUUAUUAAUGUAAAUAAGGUCGCGGGCGACCGCUUACUUGUAAACUUUGUAAUUAUGUAAAUAAUUCUAGUACUUAUUUAUGAAAUAAAUUACUUUUUAUAAGA